GUGAGAUGGACACGGAGAGCUGUUUGCCUUUCUCUUCGCAGAACAGCAGGAGCGCGCAGGCGAACUCUCCCGGACUGGAUCCCGGCUCCGGGCCCCGCUCCUUCCUCUCCUGCGAUGAGCUGCAGAAGCCCUCUCACCUCCCUCCUCCUCUCCUUCCCCACCGCCUCGGCCUGCGCGGGGAUCUGUACGCCGCGGCCACGGGCCGGUACGGAGACGCGGCCGCGGAUUUUACGCACGGUUCCGCGGCGCAUGACGCGCCCGGCUCUCCGCCCAAACACAGCAAGUUCAUGGACGGGCUGAGCCAGGACCAGAAGCCGGCGGCCAUAAGCGGAAAACCGGCUUUUUAUGACAACACGGAAGGCAGAGAGAAGGGAGCUCUGAAAACCCUGGGCUAUCCUGGGAUUGGCACUGACUGCUGUGGAAAGCUGAAGGAGCCGGGCGGCAUACAAGGGGACUCUAUUGCUGACUCCAUUGACCUAUCAGGGAAAAACAAAAAGCGGCGCAAUCGCACCACAUUCAGCACCUUUCAGCUGGAGGAGCUAGAGAAGGUUUUUCAGAAGACACAUUACCCUGAUGUGUACGCCCGUGAACAACUGGCACUGAGGACGGAGCUCACUGAGGCUCGAGUUCAGGUCUGGUUCCAGAACCGCAGAGCCAAGUGGAGGAAAAGGGAACGCUAUGGGAAGAUGCAGGAGGUCCGCAACCAUUUUGCUGCUACAUAUGAUAUUUCUCUUCUCCCUCGCCAUGAUGCAUACCAGAUGCAGGGCAACCUGUGGCCCGGUGCAGCUUCAGGGGGCGGCGGUGCAUCAGGUGCUGGCUGCGUCCUCGGAGCCGACUCCAUGCCUUCAUCCUGCAUGAGUCCAUAUUCUCAUCACCACAGCAACCUGCAGGGCUUCAUGGGUAUGCCCACUUCCCCCAGUCACCCACACCACCACCCACCUCACCAUCCCAGCAUCAACGGCCUCUACUCGCUGCAUAGCUUCCCAGGAGGCCUCGGGCCCCCUUCACUCGAGGGUCCAGAGGCCGACUACAAACCAACGAGCUUGGUGGCACUGCGAAUGAAAGCCAAAGAGCCAGGCAGCAUCCUCUCCUGGCCCACAUGACCACCAGGGCACCAAGUGGCAAUUAUGCACUGACUGAGCCAAAACAUGUUACAUUCAUGACGAUACACAGUCCCAGAUGUACACACUCCACACAGUAUGGCUCAAGUAUUUUGUCUUCACAUUUAUAUAAGCGGAUUUGCAGAUUUUUUUUUUUUUUUUUUUACAAUUUAGAACAUGUUGGGGUUUUGGAGAAUUGAGAGAAACUUUAGAAUCUUGCAUGAAAAUCAACAUAUUCAAAUGUGGCUUGUUUUCCACUUUAGUUCAACAUUACAAACCUGGGACCAAAAGGGAAAAUUUAUUUAAGCAUGUAAAAAAAUGUAAUGAUCAUAUUAGUCACUGUUUUA